AUGGGAAGCCUUCAAACCGAUGCCCUAGACUUCGUCAACGCCGAUGGCUUCCAGGUCAACCCUCUCGACCCAGAGGAGUUUAGACGGCAGGGCCACAUGGUCAUCGACUAUCUGGCUGACUAUUAUCGAGAUAUCCACAAGUACCCCGUCCGAAGCCAGGUAAACCCAGGGUACCUCCGCAAGCGUCUUCCCAGUGCAGCUCCCAACGACCCCGAACCCAUCGAGGCCAUCCUCGGCGACAUCACCCACGACAUCCUCCCCGGCAUCACACACUGGAUGAGCCCCAACUAUUUUGCCUACUUCCCGGCGAGCGGCAGCACCGCCGGGUUCCUCGGCGAGAUGCUGAGCACCGGCUUCAACGUUGUGGGAUUCAAUUGGAUGUCCUCCCCUGCGGCCACCGAGCUUGAGAGUAUCGUCAUGGACUGGCUCGCUAACAUGCUCAAGCUCCCCGAGUGCUUCCUGUUUUCAGGCGGCGGCGGAGGGGUCCUCCAGGGCACCACCUGCGAGGCUAUCCUCUGCACGCUCACCGCCGCCCGCGACCGGGUCCUGAACCGCAUUGGUCGCGAGCAAAUUGGGAAGCUCGUCGUCUACGGAUCCGAUCAGACCCACUGCGCUCUCCAGAAGGCAGCUCAGAUUGCCGGGAUUUUCCCCGUCAACUUCCGCGCCGUGGCCACCACUCGGGAAGACGCCUUUGCCCUUAACCCCGCUGCACUCCGAGACGUCGUGGCGGCUGACGUUGCCCGGGGCCUCGUCCCGUUCUUCGUCUGCCCCACUAUCGGCACCACUUCGUCCACAGCCGUUGACCCCGUGAAGGGGAUCUGUGCUGUGGCGAAGGAAUACAACAUGUGGGUCCACAUCGACGCCGCCUACGCCGGGAGCGCAUGCAUCUGCCCUGAGUUUCGGCACGUCAUCGACGGUGUGGAGAUGGCGGACUCCUUCAGCUUCAACGCCCACAAAUGGUUCUUCAACAACCUCGACUGCUGUUGCCUAUGGGUGAAGGAGCCGUCGGCUCUGGUAAAGGCCCUGUCGACCAGCCCAGAGUACCUCCGCAACAAGGCCACCGAGUCGAAGCAGGUGGUCGACUACAAGGACUGGCAGAUCGCCCUCAGCCGACGCUUCCGCUCCCUGAAGCUCUGGCUGGUCCUGCGCAGCUACGGCGUCGCCAACCUCCGCAACUUCCUUCGUGGCCACGUCAAGAUGGCCAAGCACUUCGAAGGCCUGGUCGCGGCAGACGGAAGGUUCGAGGUAGUAGUCCCCAGGACAUUCGCCAUGGUCUGCUUCCGUCUCCUCCCACCGAAGCCGGAGGAGAGUGGGAAGGCAAACGAACUCAACCAGCGUCUGAUGGAGGCGGUGAACGCGUCGGGGCAGGCUUACAUGACCCACGCGGUGGUCGGCGGCGUUUACAUGAUCCGCUUCGCCGUGGGGGCGACGCUUACAGAGGAGCGGCACGUGACUAAGACCUGGCACCUGGUGCAAAAGCAAGCCGGCGAGGUCCUCGCCUCGAGGACGUAG